AUGACAUCCACAAGUUCUUCGGCCACAGUGGCAAUUCCAGCUGUCAAUGGCGAGACCACUUGGCACGGGGCUGGAGCCGCAGAGUUUGAUAUGCGCAGCGACACCAUGACGAAACCGACCCCGGCCAUGCUGAACGCAAUUUGCCAAACAACACUGCUGGACGAUGUAUUCAACGAGGACCCCACAACGAAUAGCCUCCAAAAAUACGUCGCCGAAAGAACCCGACAUGAGGAUGCGCUCCUAGUAAUGUCAGGGACUAUGGGCAACCAGGUUGCUAUACGCUCUCACCUAGCACAACCUCCUUAUGCUGUCUUGUGCGACCACCGAUCACAUAUCGUCUGCUAUGAAGCAGGAGGCGUCAGCUUGUGGACGGGGGCGACGGUGCAGACCGUCAUACCUCAAAAUGGGAUUCACCUGACACUGGAGGACAUCCAGAAACACGCUGUACUCGACGACGACAUCCACCACUGUCCCACCAAACUGAUCAGUUUGGAAAACACUCUGAAUGGAUUGAUCAUGCCUCUCAGCGAAGCGCGACGUAUCGUGGAAUGGGCCCAUGCCAAUGAUAUCAAGGUACAUCUGGAUGGUGCUAGGCUGUGGGAGGCUGUGGUUUCGGGAGCUGGAAGUCUCUCAGAGUACGCUAGUCUCUUCGACAGUGUAAGUCUCUGCUUCUCGAAAGGGCUGGGAGCGCCAAUCGGCAGCAUCAUUGUCGGAUCCCAACAAUUUAUCAAGAAGGCGCGCUGGUUCCGCAAGUCUAUUGGUGGCGGCGGCCGCCAAACUGGCAUUCUUGCUGCCGCCGCCCGUGUGGCUCUUGAAGAAACCUUCGGGACAGAUGAUCAGGGCAAGACCGGAAAGCUUGCUGCAACACACGCAAAGGCUCAGGAGGUGGCGGAGCUAUGGACUAGCCGUGGAGGAAAAUUGCAAUACCCCGUGCAUACCAACAUGGUCUGGCUGGACCUGCAAGCUUCUGGUGUGGGCCCCAAUGACCUAACUUCCAUCGGCCAAGAACAAGGUCUGCAAUUACUUGGUAAUCGAGUGGUCGUCCAUUAUCAAGUAUCCGACGAUGCCAUUGCUCGGCUGGACAAGGUCUUUGAUAUUGCUCUUAAGGGCAGCUACCAGCGAAGCGAAGACAUGAGAAAGGCAUACGGAAGCAGUAACCACUAG